CUCUGCCAAUCCCUCUACUGGCCUCCAUUCAGUGUCCUCCACCCCUCUCUGCCAAUCCCUCCACUGGCUUCCAUUCAGUGUCCUCCACCCCUCUCUGCCAAUCCCUCCACUGGCUUCCAUUCAGUGUCCUCCACCCCUCUCUGCCAAUCCCUCCACUGGCAUCCAUUCAGUGUUCUCCAUCCCUCUCUCCAAUCCCUCCACUGGCUUCCAUUCAGUGUUCUCCACCCCUCUCUGCCAAUCCCUCCACUGGCUUCCAUUCAUGUCCUCCACCGCUCUCUGCCAAUCCCUCCACUGGCCCCCAUUCAGUGUCCUCCACCCCUCUCUGCCAAUCCCUCCACUGGCUUCCAUUCAGUGUCCUCCACCCCUCUCUGCCAAUCCCUCCACUGGCUUCCAUUCAGUGUCCUCCACCCCUCUCUGACAAUCCCUCUACUGGCUUCCAUUCAGUGUCCUCCACCCCUCUCUGACAAUACCUCCACUGGCUUCCGCUUACUCAACUAAUUAAAUUCAAGGUACUUACAACAACUUCUAAAGCCAUCCACAACUCAGCCCCCAGCUACAUCACUAACCUAGUCUCAAAAUUCCAGUCUUCCAGUUCUUUUUUCCUUCCUCCCAAGACCUCCUGCUCUCCAGCUCUCCUUUACCUCCUCUUAUUCUUGCCUUCAGUACUUUUCCAAAGGUACUCCCAUCCUCUGAAACUCCCUUCCCCAAUGUGUCCGACUAUCUCCUACCCUGUCCACU